AUGACUGAGGGCGGUGACAGUGGUGGUUGCGGUGGCAAUGGCGGUAAUAAAAAGACACAACCUGAAGUGGCGUUAGCUCUACCACAUCCAGUGAAAGAACAAUUACCUGAUGUUCAGUAUUGCAUUAAGAGUCCUCCUCCCUGGCAACAAGCAGUGUUAUUGGGAUUUCAGCAUUAUAUUCUGACUCUUGGUGUGACAGUUCUGAUUCCAACUACGAUCGUUACUGAAAUGGGUGGGGGCCAUGCUGAGAAGGCCAAGGUGAUACAGAAUCUACUGUUUGUUUCUGGAGCAAGCACGCUUCUGCAAUCUUGGUUUGGAACACGAUUGCCAACCGUAGUUGUUGGUUCAUACAGUUUCCUAAUACCCACAAUGUCAAUUGUCCAUGCCAAGAGAUACAGUUCAUAUACAGAUCCUUACGAGAGGUUCACUCAUACAAUUAGAGGGAUACAAGGCGCCUUGAUUGUGAGUGCAUGUUUCCAAAUAGUUGUGGGAUUCUUGGGCCUUUGGAGGGGUGCUGUCAGGUUCCUUAGCCCACUUUCUGUUGUCUCUUACGUAACUUUCACUGGACUCGGUCUCUACCAUCUUGGAUUCCCAAUGCUGGCAGAAUGUGUUGAAGUGGGGCUUCCUGCACUGAUUAUUUUGGUUUUCAUCUCACAGUAUCUUAAUAGAUUUAUUAGCCCCAACAAGCUUAUCAACGGCAGAUUUGUGGUGUUGUUUUCCAUUGCAAGUGCAUGGUUAAUUGCACAGAUUCUGACUGCAAGCACUAUAUACAACAACAAGCCAGAAGAUACCAAGAAUAGUUGCCGCACUGAUCGUUCUGGUCUUGUGAAUUCUUCUAGUUGGGUAUAUCUCCCUUUUAUUCCCUUCCAAUGGGGGGUUCCUACCUUCAACUUCGGAGAAGCUUUGGCUAUGACAGCAGCUUCUUUUGUUUCUCUUUUUGAGUCUACCGGUGCAUUUUAAGCCGCGGCAAGGUAUGGAAGUGCAACACCCGUGCCACCACAUGUUAUUGGCCGCGGAGCUGGCUGGGUGGGAGUAGCUUCUUUUUUCAGUGGCGUUUUGGGUUCUGUAACUGGAUGUACGGCAUCAGUGGAGAAUGCUGGAUUAUUGGCACUGACUAGAGUGGGAAGCCGAAGGGUCAUCCAAAUAUCAGCUGGCUUUAUGAUUUUCUUCUCCAUAUUUGGAAAAGUGGGAGCAAUUUUUGCUUCUAUACCUUUGCCAAUCAUAGCAGCAUUAAACUGUGUGCUCUUGGGCUAUGUCUCUUCUGCAGGUCUUGGUUUUCUCCAGUUCUGUAACCUAAACAGUUUCAGAACCAAAUUCGUGCUGGGCUCUUCAUUCUUCCUCGGCCUCUCCAUACCACAAUAUUUCAUAGAAAUUUUUCACGUGAAGCAUCAACACGGCUGGUUCAAUGAUAUGGUUAGCGUGAUCUUUAUGUCCCACACAACAGUGGCGGGGUUGAUUGCAUUCGUUUUGGACACCACACUCACAUGCGAAAAUGAUGCAGCCCAUAGGGACAGUGGUUUGCAGUGGUGGGAGAAGUUCAGUGUAUAUAAUGCUGAUGGUCGGAACGAUGAUUUCUAUAGAUUACCAUGCAGACUCAACGACCUCUUUCCCGCUAUUUAAGCCAAUUCCACUCUUUUUUUCAAAACAUUUUGUCUCUAGUUGCGAAUAGCGUUGUUUGAAUUGGAAUAAUGUUGUUGAUAAUGGGAAUAAUUUAUUUACUAUAUUAUUUCCUUGAAUCGGUAUUGUACUUGUUGAAGAGAAGAAA